UGACUGCAGCCCGCUGGAACCCUGCCCUACCCCGGCCUCUCGUGCCUCCCCUGAGCAUGGGCAGAUCCAGGCUGCUUCUGGGACAGUGGCUGGGCUGAGAGUGUAGGAGGGGCGUCCAUGCAGCCUCUUCCCAGUGUCUUUCCUCUUUCUGCAGGGACGGUACCUUCAGAAAGCCCGAGUGGGCAGACCUCAGACCCCUGUGCCUCAGAUCUGUGUGCUCCAGGGACCAAGUGUCAGACUACGGAAAGCGGUGGCUACACCUGUGGGCCCGAGGAGCCCCAGGGCUGUGCCACCCAGCCUUGCCACCACGGCGCUCUGUGUGUGCCCCAGGGUCCAGGUCCUAACAGCUUCCGCUGCUACUGUGUGCCUGGUUUCCAGGGUCCCCACUGUGAGCUGGAUAUCGAUGAGUGUGCAUCCCAGCCCUGCCAGCAUGGGGCCACCUGCCGCAACCUGGCUGAUCGCUUCGAGUGCCACUGCCCCCUCGGCUAUGCAGGCGUGACCUGCGAGGCCGAGGUCGACGAGUGUGCGUCAGCGCCCUGCCUGCAUGGGGGCUCCUGCCUGGACGGCCUGGGCUCCUACCGCUGCGUGUGCGCGCCGGGCUACGGGGGCGCCAGCUGCCAGAUGGACCUUGAUGAGUGCCAGAGCCAGCCUUGCUCGCACGGUGGAGGGGAGCUACCUGGGUCCUGUGACCUGAUGCCAGCGUGUGCGUCCCCAGGCUUUAGCGGCCAGCGGUGCGAGGUGGAUGAGGACGAGUGUGCCGCGCACCCCCCCCACAAUGGCGGCCUCUGCCUGCAGCGCUCCGACCCAGCCCUGUACGGGGGCGCCCAGGCCACCCUGCCGGGCGCUUUCAGCUUCCGCCACGCUGCUGGCUUCCUGUGCCGCUGUCCCGCAGGCUUUGAGGGGGACGACUGCAGCGUGGAUGUGGAUGAGUGUGCCUCGGGGCCAUGCCUCAACGGUGGCCGCUGCCAGGACCUGCCCAGUGGCUUCCAGUGCCAUUGCCCGGAUGGCUACACAGGACUCGCAUGUGAGGAAGACGUGGACGAAUGCCUGUCGGGGCCCUGCCUCCACGGUGGGACCUGUGACGACACUGUGACUGGCUACACCUGCUGGUGCCCCGAGAGCUGGGGUGGACACGACUGCUCUGUGCAGCUCACUGGCUGCCAGGGCCACACCUGCCCCCUGGCUGCCACCUGCAUCCCCAUCUUCAAGUCUGGGGUCCACACUUAUGCCUGUCGCUGCCCGCCUGGUACCCAUGGGCCUGACUGUGGCCAGAAUACCACCUUCUCUGUGGUGGCCGGGAUCCCUGUGUGGGCAUCAGUGCCAGCUGGGGGUCCCCUGGGCCUGGCACUAAGGUUUCGCACCACCCUGCCUGCUGGGGCCCUGGCCACUCGCAUUGAUACCCAGGACACCUUGGAACUGGCACUGGUGCAGGCCACACUUCAAGCCACACUCUGGAGUCUCGGUGCCACCACGCUCAUCCUGAGACUGCCGGACCUGGCCCUAAAUGAUGGCCAUUGGUACCAGGUGGAGGUGGCUCUCCACCGCGGGACCCUGGAGCUGCGGCUCUGGCAUGAGGGUUGCCCUGCCCAGCUCUGUGUGGCCUCUGGUCCUGUGGCCCCAGUUCCCACAGCUUUGGUUGCCCCUGGGAAUUCUGGGCCCUGCUCUGCCCAACUGGGUGGCUCGGCCUUCGCUGGCUGCCUCCAGGAUGUGCUGGUUGAUGGGCACCUUCUGCUCCCGGACAACCUCAGUGGGAAUAUUAUCCUGGGCUGCGAGUACCAUGAGCAGUGCCAGCCUCAGCCCUGUGCCCACGGAGGUGCCUGUGUGGACCUGUGGACUCACUUUCACUGCGACUGCCCCCGGCCGUACAGAGGACCCACGUGCGCCAAUGAGAUUCCUGCUGCCACCUUUGGCUUGGGGGGUGCCCCGAGCUCCACCUCCUUCCUACUCCAAGGGCUGCCUGGCCCCAACCUCACCGUGUCCUUUUUCCUCCGCACUCGGGAGCCCACCGGCCUGCUGCUCCAGUUCGCCAAUGACUCAGAGCCUGGCCUGACCGUCUUCCUGAGUGAGGGACAGAUCUGCGCUGAGGCGCGGGGCAGCCCCAUGGCGGAGCUGCCUGGGCCCUGGAAUGACGGGCGCCCCCACCUGGUGACCCUCAACUUCGGGCCUGAUCAGCUGCAGGAACUGGGGCGGCAGGUGCACGUGGGCGGGACGCUUCUCCCUGCUGACAGCUGGCCUUGGGGCGGCCCCUUCCGAGGCUGCCUCCAGGACCUGCGGCUCAAUGGCCUCCACCUCCCCCUCUUUCCUCUGCCGCGGGACGACUCCAGCCAGUUUAGCGAGCUGGGCCAGUCCUGGAAUCUCACCGAGGGCUGUGUCUCCGAGGACACAUGCAAUCCCAACCCCUGUCUCAAUGGUGGGACUUGCCUGGUCACCUGGAAUGACUUCCACUGCACCUGUCCUGACAACUUCACAGGGCCCACGUGUGCCCAGCAGCUCUGGUGCCCCAGCCAGCCCUGCCUCCCACCUGCCACCUGUGAGGAGGUCCCGGAUGGCUUUGUCUGCGUGGCCGAGGCCACAGGCACGAGGACACGAGGCUCGGUGACCUACCGUCACCAGGUCCCAGCCCUGUGUUUUCUCCCCAGGUUGCCCAUUCUGCCUGAGGGGUGCAGCCUCAACUUCACCUGCCUCAAUGGUGGCCUCUGCAAGGCUGGGCCUGGAGAUGCCAACUGCAGCUGCCAGGAGGGCUCUGCUGGCCAGAGGUGCUGGAGCCCCACCUUGCCCUGUGAAGCUAACCCCUGUUUAAAUGGGGGCACCUGCCAGACAUCGGGUGGGGUGUACGAAUGCACCUGCAGCUCCGGAUUCUCCGGCCAGUUCUGUGAAGUGGUGAAGGGCCUGCCCCUGCCACUGCCGUUCCCGCUGCUGGAGGUGGCUGUGCCUGCAGCCUGUGCCUGCCUCCUCCUCGUGCUCCUGGGCCUCCUCUCAGGGAUCCUGGCUGCUAGGAAGCGCCGCCAGUCAGAGGGUACCUACAGCCCGAGCCAGCAGGAGGUGGCCGGGGCCCGGCUGGAGAUGGACAGUGUCCUGAAGGUGCCACCUGAGGAGAGACUUAUCUAGGUGAUCUGGCUACCAGUGUCACACCCACAGGUCCUAUAGGAUUUCCAACUGGAGACCCAAGAAGGCUGCUUCCAGGACCGGACAUCUUCUGGGAGUGUGCCCACGGCUGGCAGCCUCUGCAGAUGCCUCAUCAGGGACUUAGGAAAGGGGAACAACUCAGGGAAGCGGAGGGGUGCCUUUGAGGUUGGGUGCCUCUCCCUCUGACCCUCCAGGCUGCCCCAGCAGGCAUGUGGCUGUGUACAUGAGGGCACAUGCAGGUGCAGGGUGUGUGGUCAGGAGUGUGUUGGUGAAUGUGGGCGGAUGUGUCAAGACUGCAGACUCCAGUGUGGGUGUUGUAGUGUGUCUCGUGGGUGUGUCUGCCUUUUGCCAUGUGCACGUGACUGUGUCGUGGGGGGCAGGUGACCCCAUGGGGGAGGUGGCUGUUGUGAGACGGGCAGCCCAAGGCUGCUAGUUCUCCAGGAGGUUCAACCAGGGCUUGCCGGGUACUAGGGCUUCAGUCCUGGCAUCUUCUCCCUGACCAGGGGCAGUCUCUGCCCUAGAGACUGCCGGGAAAGCAGGGAGGGAGGACACUGGAUGGGCUCCUGGCUCCCAGAACAAAAGCGCCUUCAGGCAGAUCUGUCCUGCCAGUGCUAGAGCCAAUCACACAGGGAAUCUCAGAGCCGUCCACCAAGGCUGUCUGUGCUGGGCAGGCUGCAGGAGCAGAGGAUGCAGCCCUGAGCUCUCCCGCCUGGCUGUGGGUAUUGGCAGAUGGAUGCUUCCUGCCUACUCACGGGACUGCUGUGAGGAUCGGGGCUGACAGUCAGGGACGGAGACAUGACGUUGUUAAACUCCUGUCUGGUGUGAAGGACGGCAGAGCUGUGUCCUCUUAGGUACCACAAAGUGUCACCUCCACUGGUCAGAGUGCGAAAGAGCCUUCCUGGAGCCUAGCAGGGAGGCCAGAGGGGUACAGGGAUGGAGGAGACUCAUUGCCUGAGCACAUUCUGCGGCAUCUGCUCCUCAGGCGGGUCCUGUGUGGCUGUGGGCUGACCUGGGGAAGGUGCUGAAGGACACCCUCAGAGCUCAGUGCUGUUGGAACCAGUCCUGCGGGGCCAAGUUGAGAGACUGAGCUGUAUCCCUCUCAAUCUUCAUCACAGUGACCUCGGAUCAGGCCUCCACCGGCCUCACGGAGUCCCUGUGGCCUGGACACGAGCCCUUUUAUUUCUCAGGCUGGCGCCUCCUGUGGUGUGGGCUCCAGUGCUAUGGCCAGGAGCCCCUUUACACUGCUAAUUUUCCCUGGCCCCCAUUUCUAGAGGUACAGCUCUGGGGACUCGGGGUCCAGCAGAGGCUGGGGUGGGGGCUGAGAUCUGUUUUGUCCUUAUCCCAAGGAAGUAAGGCUGCUUUUCCCCACUCUCUCCACACCUGGGAGAGGGCAGAGCGGCUUGGUUCCCUGGCUGGCUUAUCAACUUGCGCCAGCUACAGGCUACUAAAAAAGGACAUUUGAUGUGGAACUUCAGCACAAACUGCUUAACUCUGGCGAUGACGGCCACUGUGUGACCAGCCCAUCUGUCCCCUUAAAACAAACGCCCAGUAAGGCUGCUGUCUGACCCGAGGCUCUACCCUUGCCCAUGAGACCUGCGGGGGUGACAUCAAGGUGUCCCCUUGAACUUGUUUUCCUGGAGUCCGAGUGCCCUGGGUACCAUUAGUAGCCUACAGCCCUGCUCUGUGGCUCUGUCACCAGAGCACCCACACCCUGCCUGUGGGAGAAGGGGGUGGCUGGUUCCGAGCCCCGACUGAGACAGACAGGGAUGGGUUGGGGUGAUGAGGGUUGGUAAGGGUGUCUGAGGGGCCACUCUGAUCCUCUUGUAAGGACACAAGGAUGCCAGCCUUUUCCCCAAGAAGAUUUUAUUGAAUGCACACAGAGUUCAUCCUUGGGUUUGUGGAUUCCACCUGGUGCGUGGAGACAGUGGUGCUCAACGAGGGCCUGUAGUGCAGGCCACCAGCCCCCAGCACAGCCAGGGAGACCGUGGGGCCUGCCCGCUUCCCUGGGCCGCCUAGCAGCCUGGGCUGUCCUUUCCCCGAUGGGCGUGGAGCCCGUGCUGCAGCAGCCGGAGAGCACUGCUGGAUGGGACACGCUUGUGCUGGGCCACAGCUCACUUGGCGAGGGCUUCGUGCCACGUAGCCCGGGCUGCACCAACUCCUGAGCAGCUGCGCUGCCCUCCCAGCCCCUCAGACACAGGGGACCCCGAGGCUCCCUUGUCCCACCAGACACCCCCGGGGAGACUGUUGUCUGACCAUUCACUAAGAGGAAAUGAGGAAUCGGGUCAAAAUGCUUACAAUUUCCUGCACGUCUCAGAUGGUUGUUUUCUUAAAUGGCUGGGCUGUUUUUUAACUUGGUUUAUUGAAAAGAGUCAAUUUUCAAGAUUCAUCAAAUCAAUAAGGUAAAAAGGAAAGGAAAGAUAAAAGAAACAGUAACAAUACAUUC